AUGAGGGCCCUGGAAAUUCGUUGGACCCUCUGGGCCCUACUCCCCUUCCUCUCUGCGUCGUUUUCAGAGGCAGCCGCACCAACAUCCUGCAACGAAAUGGACAGUACCUACUUGGCUUCAGAAAAUGGGUUCGCUAUUGAUUGUGACACCGACACGGGCAACCCAGCUGUUUAUGCCACUUAUACUGUCGGGGAUUCGUUCGCAUCGUGCAUAAUGAGGUGUGACGUCGACGAUGCUUGCAUUGCUGUAAGCUAUCAACACGAUACCGGCGAUUGUGAUUUGGUUGCCUCGUUUGUUCAGAGAAUGCCUUCGAGUGAUCAUGAUGUUGCUGUAAAAGCAUUUGCGAUAUCAUCGCCUACAACGUCUGAGGUUGCGUCGACAUCGGAUGCGCUGUCUACGUCAGAUGCGAUAUCUACAACAGACUCCACAACCCUCCCGUCAACAGCAUCAACAUCCGAAGCCCUAUCUACUUCAGACGACACAUCCCUGACGUUAACUGCAUCAACAUCAGAUGAGACGUCUACAUCACCCUCUACAACCCUACUGGAAACGGCAUCGACAUCAGAUACGUUAUCUACGUCAGACUCUACAACCAUAAUGUCAACAGCGUCAACAACAGAUACGGUGUCUUCAGACUCUACAUCCCUGCCGUCGAUCGCAUCAACCACAGAUGCGAUGUCUACAUCAGACUCUACGACCCAACUCUUAACGGAAUCGACAUCAGACCUGCUGUCUACAUCGGAAUCUGCAUCCAUAUCAAGCCCAUCUUCAACGGCAACAACAUCGGAUAUCUUGUCUACCUCAUCCGACUCUGCAUCCACAUUGUCUACAUCAAGCUUCACCCCAUUCCUGUCAACAGAGACAUCUACAUCUGAAUCAACAUUGAUACUCACAACCUCAGGCUCAUUUGUAUCUUCAUCUAUAUCUCUUUCCGGCUCAACUACAGUGGAUGACGUGACCGUUUCGUCUUUGACAUCUUCUGUCUUGACAUUCCUUACUCUGUCUACCUCAGCAGCUAUUACAGAGUCAUCAACCAUUACAUCUGCGUCGUUCUCAGACUUUUCGACCUCAGAGUCUACAUCAACUCUCCCAACUGCACCUACAGAUGAGUCCGUGACGAUCGUUGCAUCAACCUCUCUAUCCACUAUCACCACUGCGUUCCAGACCUCGACCGCCAACCCUACGAACGCCUCGGCUUCCACGACUGUUUCAACUGCUUCAAGUUCUGCCUCCAACGUUCCCCAUCUGGAUAUGUACGACUAUCUAGGCUGCCUAUCAUCGCAGGAGGAGUUCCCGUCAUUCACAGAAAUUGGCACUGCAUCAGAUAUGACAGUAGAGAAAUGUAUUGAAAUUGGGGCCGGCAGCCAGUAUAUUGGUGUUCACCGACGAUCUUGCUACAAAGCGGACAAUCUUUCUGGUACCGAAUUCAUCGCAGAUACAAGGUGUAAUAUCAGGUGUCCAGGCGAUUCCACUGUAUUCUGUGGUGGCGAUAACAACGCCCAGACCAGAAGACGUCGAUCCAUCCCAUCUAACUUCUUCUUGACGCUUUACCGCCUCUCAGCCUCAGCAUCUUCAGCAUCCUCGGCAUCUCUUUCCUCCACGCUGACCUCCUCUUCCCCAGUCGUUACGUUGCCAACAUCAACUGCACAUGCGACCACAAGUAACAGCAACGCGGCCUUCACCUCCGGUGACUCGACUACAAAGACAUCUGAGAGUGCUGUGCUCACCGAUGUCGCCACUGCUACGACUAUCAACACUGCUUGCAUCACUCGCACUACACUUACAGACACAGUAACAAGCGUCACAUAUGUCACAGUUGAUACAAGCUUAUCCGUGGUUACCACUUGUGUACCAGUCACUCUGGUAUACAGCCCCUGUGGCUGUGAGCACGAGACCUACACAACCGUCGAUAUGACAACUGUGACCUCUCCCUGUAGCACUGACGCAUCCUAUGCGAAGGAUUCCAUCACCCUCACAGUCCCUAAGGCUUGUGAGACAAUGACCAGUGCUGGACAGUCUGCAGUCCAAUAUCCUUCUGGCUGGAUAUGGUCUCAGACAUAUUCCGGCCAUGGUAGUUAUUACCUAGCGCAGCCAACAGCGGUGCCACAAAACGACUCUGGGUCAGACAAUACCCAGCCAUCCCAGGUCGUCCCAGUAGCAGGGCCAGAAACGAUCUCAGAAGAAGGCAAGGCUUCAGCAGGAGGGGCGAAGGCCACUGACCGACCACAAAAGGCGACUGGAGAGCCGUCAUCUGAAUCCGGAUCUGACGGCUAUGAUCAUCCCGAGGCCUCGGCAUCCCAACCCACGACUUCUCUUCAUCACGAACAGAUCCCAGCAAAGGAGUCCAACGGCCUGGAGACUCCUUCAUCAUGGACAACUCAUCACGGCAACCACGACGCCUCAACUUCGGCCAGCAAGACAGGAGCAAUGGACGAGACAGCUCAAAGUAAUGUGCCGUCACAGUCUGGCGCAGAAGGAUCCACGCCAAUGACUGUUUCAGGAGCUAGCCGACAUCGUUGUGUGACCUGGGCUGUUGUUGGCUUGGCCCUUAUGUUCUAUUAA